AUGCUGCGCCUGCCCGUCUCCGCCUGUCUGCUGGCCGCCCUGCUGCUGGCCGCCUGUCUGCUGGCCGUGGCGCUGCUGGCCGUGGCGCCGCCGCGCCCGGCGGCGGCGCAGCAGAUCGACGCCGAGCAGGAGUACCUCGCCUGCUUGAAGCUGGCGCGCAGCGCCCCGGCCGAGGCGGAGGCCAGUGCCAAGACCUGGGAGGAGCAGGGCGGCGCCGGCCCGGCGCGGCAUUGCCGUGCGGUCGCGCUGGCGCGCCUGGGCCGCUUCGCCGAGGCGGCGGAGAUGCUGGAGCGGCUGAUCGACGAGGUGCCCACGCGCAUGAAGGCGGGCGUGCUGACCCAGGCCGGCCAGGCCUGGCUGAUGGCCGACGACGCCGAGCGCGCCUUCCGGGCCCAGACCCGCGCCCUGGAGUUCGCGCCGAACGACGUGGAGCUGCUGAUCGACCGCUCGAUCACCCUGGCCGGGCUCAACCGCUUCUGGGAGGCUUACGACCUGGCGCUGGAGGACGUGAACCAGGCGCUGGAGCUCGACCCCAGCCAUCCCGAGGCCCUGAUGGAGCGGGGCAUCCUGCGCUACCAGGAGGGCGACAUUCGCGGCGCCCGCAAGGACUGGCAGGCGGUGGUCGAUGUCGCCCCCAACACCCCGGCCGCCGUCGCCGCCAAGGAGAACCUCUGGCGCACCGAGAACACCGGCGGCCCGGCGCCGCUGCCGGGCCCCGCCCAGGGCGGUUGA